AUGCGUUUUGUGUCCGCAGAUGACGACGAAUGUGCACUGAAGACAGACACCUGUGGCGUCUUGGGUCCGGAUUGGAUCUGUAGAAAUACACUUGGUUCCUUUCGGUGCGAUAAGAAACGUUGCACGGGGCCGAAUUGCCGAGUUCUUCAAGGAGGCUUUAACAACAUGAAUCAGAGCAAUCGAAGCAGCGUGAAAUGUCUUCGUGGUUACGAAACGGACCAAAACAAUAAGUGCACAGACAUAAACGAAUGCAGAUUGGCCAAUCGGUGCUUGAAAAACGAAAUGUGUAUCAACACAAAUGGAAGUUACUACUGUUUGCCCAGAUCAAAAAAUUCUCUGCGGUGA